AUGAAUGAAUCCUACUCAAAAGAUGAUCAUGGGAGAAAAAAAGCUGCUAAAAUUGUAUAUCAGAUAUCAUCUGCAAUUAGCCAUCUUCAUGAAAGGAAUAUUGCGCAUCGUGAUUUGAAACCUGAAAACUUGUUGUACACAUCAAAUGAGCCAAACGCUAUCCUCAAGCUUACGGACUUCGGUUUUGCAAAGGAAGUUGUUGCCAAAAAGUCUCUCCAAACACCUUGCUACACUCCUUACUAUCUCCUGAGAUACUUAAUUUUGAGAAAUAUGAUAAAUCCUGUGAUAUCUGGUCCUUGGUCAGAACGGUCACCCUAUUUCCCUGGGAUGAAGUCUAAGAUCCGUGCGGGAAAGUAUGACUUUCCAGAUGCGCAAUGGAAACAUGUAUCCAAAAGUGCUAAAGAUUUAAUCAGGAGUUUGCUGCUCACAGAACCAGACUGCAGACCUACAAUUAAAGAAGUAAUGAAUCAUCAUUGGGUAGCUCAGUAUAACGCAGUUCCAAAUACACCACUUGGAACAAAUAUGCUUUUUACUACAAAGGCAUGGGAUCAGUUUCGAGAAAUCUUCCGUGAAAGUCUUCAAACAAAACGUAAAGAACACUCCAGUGUCCCGACAUUGAUGACAUUGGAUGCCUCAAAAAAUCCUUUAUUAAUUAAACGUAAAUUAAAUCAACAAUCUAAUCCUGAUCAAGAUGAGGAUGUUUCAUAA